UCCUAGGGGGAGCAGUGGGGCGGGUCGAACGAGUGAGUAAGCGUGCGUGAAUUUGAAAUUCAGGCAAGAACUCACCAUUUGUUAAGAUAUUAGUCAACUUCCUCCCGCACACCAGAGCCCCCGAGCUGUGUUGUAACUCUGUCUUUCGAAAUAGCAGGUGAAACCGUGUAACCCGUUCGUAGGCGUGUGAUAGUAGCGUUAGUGUCGAGGCAACGUUUAAAUAGCUGCUCGGCGUUGAAGCUAACGUUACAGGCGUCGCUGCUUCACAAGAGAUCGCUGCACUUGCAAUGAAAGCGGGCGUCCACUGCCGUUGUCCAAAAUGCUUCUCGGUUCCGGCACGGAAGCGGGUCCGUAAGCGAACUCCAGCCCUCAGCCUGCUGUCUCUACCCGAGGAGGUCCUCCUCUGUGUGCUCCAGUGCCUCUCCGCUGAGGACCUGCUGUCUGUCAGAGCUGUUCACUCCCAGCUGCGGGACAUUGUUGACAACCACGCCAGUGUAUGGGCGAGGGUCACUUUCAGGGACACGUGGCCAUCCCCGAAUACCUUGUGGCUAUUUGAAAGAGCUGCUGAGAAAGGGAAUUUUGAAGCUGCUGUGAAGCUAGGCAUUGCUUAUUUGUACAACGAAGGACCAUUAUUGAGUGAUGAGGGUCGGGCGGAUGUGUGUGGUCGUAAGGCCUCCCACUUCUUCAGCCUGGCAGAGAGCCUGCGCCCUCCCAUAGCAGACCCCUUCAUCUGGGUGUUCAUCCGUCCACCAUGGUCGCCCACUGGCAGCUGCUGCAAGGCCGUGGUGUUUGACCGUCUCAAGGCUGAGUGUGACAACAACGUGGAGAAGAGGGGGCCCUUGUUGCACUGCUUGGCCAGAGUUUUGCAGCUGUUUGACGAGAAUGAAAGACACUCAGAUGCCGUAUCAAUGCUGGAGGAAUCUUCGCAGGCUGGGUGUCUACAGAGUUCCUACCUGUUGUGGGAACACAACCGUAAAGCAGCUAUGGCAGAUCCAGGCAGGUACCUCCAGUGUGUGCGAACCCUCAGGGACUAUGCUGGCAAAGGAUGCUGGGAGGCACAGCUCUCCCUGGCCAAAGUGUGCAGCAGUGGGAACCCGCUGGGUUUGGAAGCAAAGGCCUGUUCCGACUUAGUGGCCCAACUGUUUAGUUCGUCUUAUCCGACUUCACGUCACUGCCCUCAGGGCAUCCUGAGAAGAGGCAUCAAGGACACUAUGAGGUACAUCCUGGUGGACUGGCUUGUGGAGGUGACCACCAUGAAGGACUUCUCCAGCCUGACGCUCCACGUGACAGUGGGUUGCGUGGACCGCUACCUGGCUCUCCGCUCUGUCCCAAAGGCUCGCCUUCAGUUAUUAGGCAUCGCCUGCAUGGUAGUUUGUACACGUUAUAUCAGUAAGGAAAUACUGACUAUACGUGAAGCGGUUUGGCUCACGGACAACACCUACAAAUAUGAGGACCUGGUUCGAAUGAUGGGAGAGGUCGUCUCUGUGCUGGAAGGGAAGAUCAGAAGCCCCACACUCCUGGACUACGGGGAGGUUCUUCUGUCUCUGCUCCCCCUGGAGAGGAGGACCACUUGCCUCUACAGUUACAUCUGCGAGCUGUCGCUGCUCUACUCUGCUCUCGCCACACCACCGCCUGCCAAACUGGCCUGUGCUGCACUACUUCUUACAAGAGCACUACAUCACUAUGCUCCCCUCUGGCCCAGCCAGUUAGCUGACUACACAGGCUUCUCCAAGCAUGACCUCGUCUCCCUUUCUGUGCUGCUCUAUGUCAAGUGUUUCAGUCAAGAUAUUCCCAAAGAUUACAGACAUGUGUCUCUGACUGGAGUCAAGCAGCGGUUUGAAGAUGACGCCUACCAGCACAUCAGCAAAGAAAAGGUGGUGGAUUAUACAGAAUUGUGUCAGAUCUUAGAGAUUCCCGAGGUGGAACCUCAGAUGGAACCUCUCAGCCCCACUGGUCAACCAGCAGACAUCCACACCUUCCUCGCCUCUCCAUCCAGCACCAGCAAGAGGAGACGUGAUGACAGCAUGCUGGCCCACAGAACCAGCUUUGUGGCCACGCCCACAACCGAGCUGUCCAAUCAGGAGGAGACGCUGCUGGGCGACAUUCUGGACUGGAGCUUGGACACUUCCUGUUCGGGUUAUGAGGGUGACCAGGAGGAAGAGAGCGAGGGAGAAAAAGAUGGCGAUUGUUCAAUGAUAUCUUUGAAACUGCAGCCAUUGACUGAUGCAGACAAACAACUGGAGCACUGCAGAGCACUUUCCAGCGACGAAGACAGCUUCUGUGAUGUGGAGGUGAAAAAAGAUGACCAGGGCCAGGAACCCCUUCGCCUCUUUGCAGACCUUCACAGUUCAGGAUACUCCUCCGUCCAGAGUGUUAGCCCCUCAUCCACGUGCUCCUCCUCCUCCCUCAUGCCUUGCACGUUUAAGACCUUCACUACUUCUUUGAGUGCAGCCUCCGCUAAUGCCCAACCAGGCUUCCGCCUUUUGGUGCCCAUGCAGAGGCCCCGUGGCACUUCUGGCAAACAAGUGAAGAGGAAGAACUCUGCAGCUCAUAGCGGAGGUGAGAUAGAAAGGGAAGAGAAGGACGACAGGGAAGAGGACACGUAUUCUACCAGUGUGGGGUUCCUGAGCCUAUAGACUGUGGUUAUUUUCAAUGGCCCCAGGCUGUUCACCCAACAGCUCAGUCGUUAUCCCCCAGCACUUUCCUUUAGUUCUCGACGUUGUUCCUCACUCGUGUCAAUCUGCACUGGCCCGUCAACUCCCGGAAGAUCAAGAUGCUCUGAGUUUAAGACACAAGGGAAAAUAAAUAUGAAUAACCUGAAAACUUGCUGUCCUAAUACAUUACAUUUCAUUUACUUGUUUACAGCAUUGCACAAUAGAAUACCUCCCAUGGACCUAGACUCACAGUCCGCUCUCAAACCACUGGAUAAUAACUUCAUUUCUCCUCAGGACCCUGUUUCAAUGGCUGCCGUUUCUGUUUCACAGCCUAGUACAACUACCUAUCUCGGAUCAUGUGAGACAGUUGCAGAUGAAACUCAAAGACUUGUUUGGAUAAAGUGUUCAUUGUUAUGAAUCAUAUUUUGAUAAGCCUAGACUGUCAUGUCAUUGUGAUUGUUUUGGUAAUCGUAGUCUCUGAAAUGCACUGUCUUUGGAAGAACCUGUCGUAUUUGGUGAAUGCUGUCAAUGGGUGAAUACUCUGUCAUCGUCGUAGUUCAUGAUAAUGUCUGGAACCUAAAAAAAAAAAAGAAGAAGACUGUAUGAAGACUUGUUCAGUUUUAGG